CUCUCUCGGGUGAGAUCCCUGGCCUUCCUCUGCAUCUCAAGGCAAUCCUUUCAGAAGAGCAGGCUGCUUCUUGUGUUCACAGGAGUCACCAUGGCCUGGUCCUCCAGCCUGAAGAGCCUCCUCACAGUCUUUGUCUUUACCAGCUUGACUGUCAGCUCUGUGGAGAGUUACGAGUGUACGGUAUAUCCAUGUGUAAUUUCACCAUGUGCUGUUUGUACAGCCACUAAAGGCUGCUUCAAUGAAAUCCAGAGAUUUGGCACACCAUCUUCCCCGACAGAUGGAAUAUUUAAACAAAAAGGAUGUGUUGCGGACUCAAACACAUGCAGUAGCCUGACAAUCUCGGCAACCCUGGGGAAUCAACAGACAUUUACAUAUGUAAACAGCUGCUGCACAACGGAUAAGUGCAACGAGGCUGACUUAACAUUGCCUGCACCAUCUUCCACACCCAAUGGUGUUGAAUGUCCUGCCUGCUACAAUGACAAAGCAAAUUUAUGCUCCUCAGUUACCACCCUAAAGUGCACAGGGGCAGAGAAAAGGUGCAUUGAGGUUACCGGCGCAGGUGUGGGAACGUCAAAUUCAGUGAUAUAUGGGAAGGGUUGUGCAACUGAAAACUCCUGCGGAGUGGAAAUGACCGUCUUCGGUAACAUGAAGAUCAAAACCUCAUGCAGCUCACCUGUUUCAAACCACGGGAACCCUACCGCCAAAUUUGUUUCAUCGUUUCUCAUUUUUCUGCUCCCGCUGAAAUUCUUGCUGUGAUCUUCUAUGAACUGGCAAUCUCACACCCCUAUGCACAUGGACCCAUUGGCAUGCCUGGGUGGCUACUUCCAAAACAGAACAAAUAAAACCUGGUGACUACUCCUCUGUUCUUUAUGUGAAAA